GUCGCCCCUCCCUCCCCCUUAUUGGCAAGAGAGCUAAUUACUUCUUCUCCUCAAAACUCGCGUCAUCCUUUCGUUUAAUAGGAUGCCCGUCGAUGAAUCGGUCGCCGGGCCGGCGGAUGCCGGAUCUGUUCCUCCUGGAUCCUAUGAGUCGGUCGUGCUCGGUGGGACCUUCGACCGCCUCCACGAUGGCCACCGCCGCCUUCUCAAGGCUUCGGCGGAUUUGGCGAGAGAUCGAAUCGUGGUCGGGGUCUGUGCAGGACCAAUGUUGGCCAAAAAAGAGCUGGCUCAUCUGAUCGAGCCCGUUGACACGAGGAUGAAGGCUGUCGAGGAUUACAUCAAGUCUAUUAAACCAGGAUUAAUAGUGCAAGUGGAACCUAUUAUGGAUCCGUAUGGCCCAUCUAUUGUGGAUGACAAGUUGGAUGCUAUUAUCGUCAGCAAGGAGACUUUGGGUGGUGGGCUCUCUGUGAACAGGAAGAGAGCUGAGAAAGGUCUGCCACAAUUAAAGAUUGAAGUUGUUGAUCUCAUAUCUGGAGGAGCAGGUGGGGAGAAGCUAAGUUCAUCUGCACUGAGGAGGCUUGAAGCUAAGAGAUUAAAGCAACAGGAAGCGUCAGCAGCAAGGCAUGAAUGUGGUCAGGAAGGAAAAGAUUGGAAACCAGCUUCAGUCACAUGAUGGUUCCACUUUUAUGGUACAAAUUACCAGCAACAAUCUAAAGUGGCUAACAAAACCCAGGGGUGGAAGCAGCGCCAAUUUAAUUUUUUGUUUCUGAAUAGUAUCUUAUCAACUUAUGAGCCAGAUUUGUCCUUUCCUGAUACAGGCCAGGGCUGAUUCUACAGAGACUUUUAUCUGUGUGUCACUUGAGUCUUUUCUUUGAUUUUGUCUUCUUUGAAUGAUGCAAUUGACACUCCUACCUGCCAGAGACCUGUCGGUGUAUCUCGGGUUGAGGUGUAAAGUAUGAGAGGAAAAAGUAAUUGGUUGUGGCUAAGCUUUUGGGGUCAAAUGCAGAAGGUGUAUCUGGAUGAAGCAGAGGAAGUCACUGAUCCAAUGAGCGUAUCUUCACUAAAAUCUAUUUGCUGAUUUCUUUUCUUGAAUUAGAU